AUGCGCCGCGCGUUCUUCGCGCGACGCGUCGCUCUGGUCGAGGAGAGCCUGCGGGCUCUCCCACUUCGAGAGCAGGCGCGCUGCCGCCAAGCCGUGGAUCACUUUGGCGGCGCGGCCGGCACCUUUCCGCAGCGGCUGUGCCUGUACGACAAGUGGUGGAAGCGCGCCUCCAAGGGCGGCUUCAAGGCCCCUGCGGACGCGCCCGGCCCGAUCCUCUUCUACACCGGCAACGAGUCGCCGGUAGACGAGUACGUCAACAACACCGGCCUGAUGUGGGAGCUGGCGGAGGAUCUGGGCGCGCUGAUCGUCUUCGCCGAGCACCGCUACGAGCCGCUCUCCCACCCCGCGCUGUGCGGGACGCAGCGCUGCUUUGCCUACUGCACGACCGCGCAGGCCAUCGCCGACUGGGUCACCAUCAUCGCCGCGCUGCGGAGGAAGCACAAGGUGCGCGCGCCGGUCGUCGCCUUUGGCGGCUCCUACGGCGGGAUGCUGGCCGGGUGGCUCCGGAUGAAGUACCCCGAGGUGGUCGACGGCGUCAUCGCCGCCUCGGCGCCCAUCUGGCAGCUGGCCGGCACGGUGCAGCGCGAGACGCUCGACAUGCCCGCGGUGGCAAUCUCCAAGGGAGUGAGCGCGGCGGGCGGCGCGACCGACCGCUGCCGUGACAACCUCAAGGCGGCGUGGCCACUGCUGCAAGAGGCGGGACGCACGGCGGCGGGGCUGCGGCUGCUGAGCCGGAGCGUCAAGGCGUGCUCGCCGCUGCACGACGCGCGCGCGCUGACUCGCUGGGCGCAGUCGCCGUACUUUUUCCUCGCGGAGGGAAACUACCCCUUCCCGUCGACGUACAUCACUUUCUCGGUCACCGAGGGAAAGGCCUUCCCGCUGCCGUCGUGGCCAAUGCGCGUCGCGUGCGAACGGGGCAUCGACGCGGACUUCGGAGUCAGAGUCGACGGGUCGGUGGCGGACGUCAACUUCACGCUCUCGCUGGGCGACCUCGAGGUUGCCGUCGACUGGGCCGACGCGACAGGCAACGGUGACACGCUCACUGCGGAGCAGCUCGAGGCGUCGGGCGACCGGUCCGCCUGCGCCUUCACGGGCACGCUCUCUCGAGGCUUCUCGUGGGGCGGCGUCUGCUCGAACGACGCCCUCUCGCAGGUCGAGGUCCAGGGCGUGGGCAGGGACAUCUACUGGCCGCCGAGCGCACGGGAGCGCGGCUUCACCGUCGAGAGUGUGGUCGGCCCGAGGGGCUUGCGCCCGCGCCCCGGGGGGAGCAACCGCGGCGGCGGGAUGCGCGGCGGGCCGCUGGUGGGCGACAAGUGGAGCGAGUGGAUGCAGGCGUACUACGGCGGGCGCAACGUGUCGCGCCACCGCAACAUCAUUGCGCUCGUGCUCGAUCUCGGCGCGCACCACUUCGACCGGAUGUUAGGCGCGCACCACCUCGACCUGAUGUUCGCAGACCCGCGCAACCCGCCCUGCUUCGCAGAGGCGCGCGCCAUCGAGGAGCGCAUGAUCAGGCGCUGGAUUCAAGAGGCGUAUGACGCCAUCUGA